ACCUUCUGGGGGAAAGCCAGGGCUCAGACCCAGCAGGAAGGCUUGUCCACCAAGGAGGGGAGGGUUACAGACCCAGAGGAGGAGAGGAGAGAGAGGGAGAGAAGGAGGGAUGUGCAGGAAAAGAGGGUGAAAGGCAGCAAGAAGGAAAAGCACAAACGUGUGACUUGGCAAAAGAGGGCAGGUACCAGAGGCAGGACGAUGAAGGCUGGUGUGGGACUCCUCUCUGCUCUAGCCCUGUUCCUCCUGAUAGGACCAGCUUUCUGUCAGAAACCUCGGACAAAGAAACCCACCAGGCGUCCAGCAACCACCAAGAAGCCAUUUGUCCCCAAGCCUGCUAAACUACCCCAGCCAGAGCCCAAGGAGCCCACAGACUACCCCCCAGUCAUUCUUGGUCCGCCGUCCUUUUUCCCAGACUGCCCCAGAGAGUGUUUGUGCUCUCCAAGCUACCCGAGUUCUCUCAACUGUGAGAACCGGAACAUCCGUGUGAUCCCAGUCAUCCCAGAGAGAACUCAUUACCUGUACUUGCAGAACAAUUACAUUUCAGAGGUUACUUCCGAGGCGUUCCGCAAUGCUACUGAAGUCAGCUGGAUCAAUCUGGCCAACAACCGCAUCGUCCGCAUAGACAAGCAGGUUUUUGAGAAGAUCCCAGGUCUGCUGUACCUGUACGCACAGAAAAACCUGCUGAAAGAAGUCCCAUCAGGUCUUCCAUCGACUCUGGAACAGCUCAGUCUGAGCAAGAAUCGCAUCUCCAAGAUUCCUGCCGGGGCCUUCAAAAACUUGAAUCAUCUGUCUCUGCUUGACCUGUACGACAACCAGCUGAGUGACAGCGACCUGGGAAAAAACACCUUUAAGGACCUGAAGAAUCUGGUGCAGCUAAACUUGGCUCAUAAUGCUCUCAAGAAGAUGCCUGCUGGCGUACCAGCCGGCCUCGUACAGCUCUUCCUGGAUAAAAACCGCAUAGAUGACAUCCCAAAAGACUACUUUGACGGCUUCACUCACCUGGCGUUCGUGAGGCUGAACCACAACCAGCUGAGCGACAAAGGCAUCCCCAAGUCCGUGUUCAACCUGUCCUCUCUGAUGGACCUGCAGCUGUCCCACAACCAGCUCAGCAUGGUUCCUCUCUUCAACAGCCACCUGCAGCACCUGCAUCUCAACCACAACAGCAUUGAGAGCAUCAACGGCACUGAGAUCUGCCCAUUCAACCUGCAUUCUGACCCGAGUAACCCCGAUGUUCUGCCGAGGCUGAGGUACCUACGCUUGGAUGGAAACCACUUGAGUCCUCCCAUCCCGAUAGAUAUCUUCAUGUGCUUCAGACAUCUUCAUUCCAUUGUCAUUUAGGAAUGUUCCAAACACGCACACGCUCAAAAACCACAACUCACGACAACAUACGCUCAAUGAGGCACGUGUUCCCAGAACAUGCAUGAUGCAGAACAAAGAAAAAAGCUUUGACAGACGUGUCGUUGUUGCCAGUUCUUCAACAUUGGAUUACAAAUGAAGACACGAAAAUGCCACCUUCAGAUUUAUUGAAAUUGUUGUUUUGUUUCAUUCAUUUUUUCCCUCGAACAUAAUGUUCUUAGAAAUUGUAAAAGGUCUGAAAAUACAGGUACAUUGACAGACACAAAAAAGGUAGUUGUGUUUGAUAUAUCAGAGAGAACAGUGAAGGACAGACCUGCACAUGACGUCCAAAGAUCCCAAAAAUAAAACUACCAUGUAGUUGAAACUGUCCCCAAUGUUCCUGGGAUUUUCAAACAUAAAGAAACACACACCUUUUCUUCUUUUAUUCCUAUCUCUCUGUAUAUUAUUACUCUGUAUAAAGAUGCUCUGUACAAAUAAUGAAAAAUAAAAGGUUUUCUUCGA